AUUUGUCCUGUUCUGUUUUGAGGAGGACGUACAUGGACCAGGGACAGUCCGUUUGACCACCAGGUUUUGUCUGAGCUCCACUACAACAUUCUGUGAGUCAUCCAGACCACUAGACAGCGAUGUUUCCAUAAUCCAUAACCCUGCUGGAUAAAUACUCCUUUUUGUCGUCUAUAAUUCACUUUGACCUUUUUGACGAACUACUGUCCUUGGGCAACGUGAGUUUUCUUGCUGUGAAGAGAAGCCUACCUACGUAUGCGGCACCUUUCAAUUUAUUUAAGUGUUCCAAGGCUCAAUAAAUAACUACGGUAAAAGUGUUCAUCCGUGGGUUUUUGUACAUCUGUCAAGCCGGUUCGUCAUAUUGAAAUCGGAGCAUUGCGCAGUUCCAGGUUUGAUAAUAUGUCUGGGAACUGUAGGUCCUUGUUGUUUGCCUUACGUCUCUCUGUGGUGGGGAGACAGGUCUCCAGGAGCUUAUUGUCGCAGAGUAGUGUCGCAGGGACCGUAACAGUAGCGGAGAGAUGUGGCCGUCCGCGGUACCAUCACCACUGGACCGCCGCACUGAAACCCCGGCAUCACAGGCUCUCCGCACUGCAGUCCCACCUCGGCCUACACUCUGAGUCAGGAGCCCCCUUCAAAGAGGAUGAUUACCCUCCUCUACCAGACUACAACUCUGACCCAGGGCCAGAGAAGAAGGAGGUGUUUAUCAUCAGAGCUAAAGGACUUCCAUGGUCCUGUACCACUGAGGAUCUCCUCCAGUUCUUCUCUGGUUUACCCUACUUAUCACUGUCCAGAGUGCCGUGUACGUGACGGUGUGAAGGGAAUCCACCUGACGGUGAACCGGGACGGGAAGCCCAACGGCCAGGCCUUUAUAGAGCUGGAGCACGAAGAUGACGUGGGCAAGGCCCUGGAGAAACACAGGCAGUACCUGGGACCGCGCUAUAUAGAAGGUACUACAGACAGACAGUACCUGGGACCAGGCUAUAUAGAAGGUACUACAGACAGACAGUACCUGGGACCGCGCUAUAUAGAAGUGUUUGAGGUGACCAACAGCGAUGCGGAGACCAUCUUGAAGAAGUCAGUUCAGCUCCCAGCCAGAGACGGAGUGGUGCGGAUCAGAGGUCUCCCCUACAGCUGCACCGAGACUGACGUCAUGCUCUUCUUCUCUGGUCUGGAUGUGGCGGAGGACGGAGUGACUCUAGUAACAGACUACAGAGGAAGGAACUCAGGGGAAGCCUACGUCCAGUUCCUGACCCAGGAGCAGGCUGACGAGGCCCUGACCAGAGACAGACAAGUCAUCGGAAACAGGUACAUCGAGGUGUUCCCCAGUAGAAGGAGUGAGAUCGGAGGUCGGAAGAAGACAGAGUCUGUUGAAGAGGGCAGAAACUCCAUACAGAGUCAACCACACAGACCUGCAGCACAGCCCUCCAGACAUGGGUCUCAUCCGGUAUCUUCUCUGCCCCAACACUUUGUUCACAUGAGAGGACUGCCCUUCCAAGCCACAGGAGAUGACAUCGUUCAGUUCUUCUCUCCUCUAGCGCUGUCGAGGAUACUGGUGGAGUUCGGUCCAGACGGGAGGGCCAGCGGAGAGGCUGAUGUUUACUUCACAUCGCACCAAGACGCCGUCUCGGCUAUGACCCGGGACAAGGCACACAUGCAAGAGAGAUACAUAGAGCUGUUCCUGAAUUCAACAUCAUCUGACAAGAGGGAAUGAAGUUUGCCAGGGAUUGUUACCGGAGGGCUGAGAGAUGAUCUGUAUCAGUGGCAUUGUGGUGAAAAUCCCCAUCGACUGGAAGUGUCACCAUUUUGUAAGGGUGUAGAAAUGACGUUGAAUAUAAUAAUAAACUACGUUCAUCAA